UCAAGCGAAUGCGUGGGAGAUGUAACAAGUGUGUGUGUUCAUUUACGACGAAGUGGCAAGUAUGGAAUGAGUUUGUGGGAAUUUUAGCAGAUAAAAGGUUCCAUAUGCGACAGAAACAAGACUGUUUGUAAAGGGAAUCAUUUCCUCAAGGGGCAAUUAUACUGAAUCGCCGAUCUUCGCAGGAGAGAAAAUGUGGGAGCAAGAGGAAUUCGAAAAACAUUGGAAGAAGGAAUUUCCUGACGUGGAAGCACCUAAAAUGGAUUUAACCUCGGUGGAAGAUGUCGAGACAGAGCUAGAGAAAUGUAAAGCAAAUCUCAAAACGCUGCAGCAUGCGCUGGCGGAGGAGAAAUUCAAGGUGAUAUACAUACAGACCCUCAUCGCUAGACAGAAGAAAAGUUAUGACGAGGAGAGGUGGGAAGACACUAAAGACGACAACGUGAAUGUUGAACCUGUAUUAUCAAAGACAGAAAAAGAAAGGAAAUCGCUGAUGGCAAAUGAAAAAGUAGACAGGGAAAGUAUGAAAGUGCCUGGUAGUGGAAGAAUGAAACUACAGACACCAGGCAGCAAACCAGAGCCGCCGACCAGGAUCAGUAGUAGGACAUGUAAACCUAUCCCCCCCGCGCCCCCGCGAAAACCCAGCUUCCAGAAACAAGGGAAUACGAUCUCAUCAGGGCUCUCUCAAGCGGAUGGAAACUGCAGCGGCCGCAUAAUAGGGAAACUGAAUUCCGGUACUAACACCAACAGCAGGGAGGCUAAUGACCAUGAAUACGAGGAUGCGCAGCUCAAUGAGAAUUUCGUCAAGAGCAACCUGGUGACCCCCCAAACGACCGCCAGAGACAGCCAGAGGUCGAAACCCUACCUGGACUCCAUUGAUGAUGGGAGGCUGUCUCCGUCCUGCGUACCUGCGCCCUUCAUUGCAUCCCUUACGGGUGGGUCCGGUCGCAGCACUCCAGACAGACGCAGUGACGGCUACUUGAGCUCCGACCAUGAAGACUCAUCUUCAGAUUUCAACUAUAACACAGACGGGUAUGACGGUGACGCAGCAGAGGAUCGUAAGAGUCAGGACGGUUCAGAGACCAUGCCCUUCAUAGACGAGUCCCCCACCAUCUCCCCCAGCCUGUGUGCAUGCGGCCCCGAUGGAGAGGCCAUCUCCCCCGCCCCCCCAGAGGGCCUGCUACCCGGGGGUGACAUAGAAAAGGGUAUGGAGAUGAAGAAACUGGUUCUGUCUGGCUUCCUGGCCAGUGAGGAGAUCUACAUCAACCAGCUGGAGGCUUUGCUACUGCCCAUGCGCCCCCUGAAGGCCACAGCCACCACGUCCCAGCCGGUGCUGACCAUACAGCAGGUAGAGACCAUCUUCUAUAAGAUCCAGGACAUCUUUGAGAUCCACAAGGAGUUCUACGACGCCCUCUUCCCUCACAUCCAGCAGUGGGAUGAGAAGGUCGCCGUCGGACACCUCUUCCAGAAACUGGCCAGCCAGCUGGGGGUGUACAAGGCCUUUGUUGACAACUACAAGACAGCGGUGGAGACAGCAGAGAAAUGCAGCCAGGCCAACACCCAGUUCCAGAAGAUCUCUGAGAACCUGAAAGUAAAGGGACCCAAGGACUCGAAGGACUGUAACACAAAUGUCACUAUGGAAGCUCUCCUGUACAAGCCGAUUGACCGUGUGACCAGAAGCACGCUGGUUCUUCAUGACCUGCUGAAGCACACCCCUAAGGACCACCCAGACUUCCCCCUGCUGCAGGAUGCUUUGAGGAUCUCCCAGAACUUCCUGUCCUCCAUCAAUGAAGAGAUUGACCCCCGCAGGACCGCCGUCACCACGCCUAAGGGAGAGGCUCGUCAGCUGGUGAAGGAUGGUUUCCUGGUGGAGGUGUCAGAGGGUUCCAGGAAGCUGCGUCACGUCUUCCUCUUCACAGACCUGCUGCUCUGUGCCAAGAUGAAGAAGACCUCCGCAGGGAGACACCAGCAGUAUGAGUGUAAGUGGUACAUCCCUCUUGCAGACCUGACCUUCCAGUUGCUGGAUGACUCGGACGUCUGCCCCCACAUCCAGGUGCUGCCGGAACACGAGAUCGAGGAGAUGAAGACCAAGAUCUCUGUCAUCAAGAGUGAGAUCCAGAAGGAGAAGAAAGCGCUGAAGGGCCAGAGUCGUAAUGUGGAGCGUCUGAGGAAGAAGAUGAACGAGCAGGAGUCCUGGCUGCUGUUACACUCUCCCACCAUCCCUUUCCGCAUACACAACAAACACGGCAAGAGCUACCUGUUCCUCCUGUCUUCAGAUUAUGAGAGGUCAGAGUGGAGGGAGAGCAUCCAGAAACUACAGAAGAAAGAUCUGCAGACGUGUCAGUUGAGCUCUUUAGAGCUGCAGGUCCUCACCAGCUCCUGCUUCAAACUCCGAACUGUCCACAACAUCCCUGUCACCAGUUAUAAAGAUGAUGAGGAAACCCCAGGCCUGUAUGGAUUCCUCCAUGUGAUCGUCAACUCUGCCAAAGGCUUCAAAGAGUCAGCCAAUUUGUACUGUACCUUGGAGGUGGACUCCUAUGGCUACUUUGUCAGCAAGGCCAAGACCCGCGUCUUCAGAGACACCACUGAGCCACAGUGGAACGAGGAGUUUGAGAUCGAGCUGGAGGGUUCUCAGUGCCUGCGGAUCCUGUGCUAUGAGAAAUGCUACGACAAGACCAAGCUCAACAAGGAUGACAAUGAGAUCGUGGACAUCAUCAUGGGCAAGGGCCAGGUGCAGCUGGACCCUCAGACAGUGCAGUCCAAGAACUGGCACAUGGACGUCAUAGAGAUGAACGGGAUCAAAGUGGAGUUCUCCAUGAAGUUUACGAGUCGGGACUUGAGUCUGAAGAGAACGCCCUCCAAAAAACAGAGUGGGGUGUUCGGGGUCAAAAUUAGUGUGGUGACAAAGCGCGAGCGCUCCAAGGUGCCUUACAUAGUCCGCCAGUGCAUUGAGGAGGUGGAGAAGAGGGGAAUCGACGAGGUGGGAAUCUACAGGAUCUCAGGGGUGGCCACCGACAUCCAGGCCCUCAAAGCAGCGUUCGACACCAAUAGCAAAGACAUCCUGGUGAUGUUGAGUGACAUGGACAUCAAUGCCAUCGCGGGGACGCUGAAGCUGUACUUCCGUGAGCUGCCAGAGCCCCUGCUCACUGACCGCCUGUACCCAGCCUUCAUGGAGGGCAUAGCUCUGUCGGACCCUGCAGCCAAGGAGAACUGCAUGAUGCAUCUGCUGCGCUCUCUGCCUGACCCUAACCUCAUUACCUUUCUCAGCCUGCUGGAGCAUCUCAAGAGAGUUGCUGACAAUGAGCCCAUCAACAAGAUGUCCCUCCACAACUUGGGCACAGUGUUUGGCCCCACCCUGCUCAGGCCCUCUGAGUCCGAGGUCACCAAGGGACACAUCACCCUGGCCUCUGACAUCUGGUCACAUGACGUAAUGGCACAGGUCAGUGUGACUUGGGUCCAGGUGUUGCUGUACUACCUGCAGCAUCCUCCCAUCUCCUUCGCUGAGCUGAAGAGGAACACACUCUACUUUUCCACUGACGUUUAAUCGCUUGGGGGUCCGGAGCGAAAGACUCAACAGCAACCCCCCCCCACCCC